AUGGCGAAGAAGAGCGCCGAGAACGGCAUCUGUAGCGUGUCCAGCGACCAGAAGAAGGGCCCCAUCAUCGCGCCCGGGCCCGACGGGGCCCCGGCCAAGGGCGACGGCCCCGCGGGCCUGGGGACACCCGGCGGUGGCCUGGCCGUGCCGCCGCGCGAGAUAACCUGGACGCGCCAGAUGGACUUCAUCAUGUCGUGCGUGGGCUUCGCCGUGGGCCUGGGCAACGUGUGGCACUUCCCCUACCUGUGCUACAAGAACGGCGGAGGUGUGUUCCUUAUUCCCUGCAUCCUGAUAGCCCUGGUCAGAGGAAUCCCCAUUUUCUUCUUGGAAAUCUCGCUGGGCCAGUUCAUGAAGGCCGGCAGCAUCAAUGUCUGGAACGUCUGUCCCCUGUUCAAAGGCCUGGGCUAUGCCUCCAUGAUGAUCAUCUUCUACUGCAACACCUACUACAUCAUGGUGCUGGCCUGGGGCUUCUAUUACCUGGUCAAGUCCUUUACCACCACGCUGCCCUGGGCCACAUGUGGCCACACCUGGAACACUCCCGACUGUGUGGAGAUCUUCCGCCAUGAAGACUGUGCCAGUGCCAGCCUGGCCAACCUCACCUGUGACCAGCUUGCUGACCGCCGGCCCCCUGUCAUCGAGUUCUGGGAGAACAAAGUCUUGAGGCUGUCUGGGGGACUGGAGGUGCCAGGGGCCCUCAACUGGGAGGUGACCCUUUGUCUGCUGGCCUGCUGGGUGCUGGUCUACUUCUGUGUCUGAAAGGGGGUCAAAUCCAUGGGAAAGAUCGUGUACUUCACUGCUACAUUCCCCUACAUGGUCCUGGUCAUGCUGCUGGUGCUUGGAGUGCUGCUGCCUGGCGCCCUGGAUGGCAUCAUUUACUAUCUCAAGCCUGACUGGUCAAAGCUGGGGUCCCCUCAGGUAUGGAUAGAUGUGGGGACCCAGAUUUUCUUUUCUUAUGCCAUUGGCCUGGGGGCCCUCACAGCCCUGGGCAGCUACAACCGCUUCGACAACAACUGCUACAAGGAUGCCAUCAUCCUGGCUCUCAUCAACAGUGGGACCAGCUUCUUUGCUGGCUUCGUGGUCUUCUCUAUCCUGGGCUUCAUGGCUGCAGAGCAGGGCAUGCACAUUUCCAAGGUGGCAGAGUCAGGGCCGGGCCUGGCCUUCAUCGCCUACCCACAGGCUGUCACACUGAUGCCAGUGGCCCCACUCUGGGCUGCCCUGUUCUUCUUCAUGCUGUUGCUGCUUGAUCUCGACAGCCAGUUUGUAGGUGUGGAGGGCUUCAUCACCAGCCUCCUCGACCUCCUCCCAGCCUCCUACUACUUCUGUUUCCAAAGGGAGAUAUCUGUGGCCCUCUGUUGUGCCCUCCGCUUUGUCAUUGAUCUCUCCAUGGUGACUGAUGGUGGGAUGUAUGUCUUCCAGCUGUUUGACUACUACUCGGCCAGCGGCACCACCCUGCUCUGGCAGGCCUUUUGGGAGUGCGUGGUGGUGGCCUGUGUGUACAGAGCUGACCGCUUCACGGACGACAUUGCCUGUAUGAUCGGGUACCGACCUUGCCCCUGGAUGAAAUGGUGCUGGUCCUUCUUCACCCCGCUGGUCUGCAUGGUCAUCUUCAUCUUCAACGUUGUGUACUACGAGCCGCUGGUCUACAACACCUACGUGUACCCGGGGUGGGGUGAGGCCAUGAGCUGGGCCUUCGUGCUGUCCUCCAUGCUGUGCAUGCCACUGCACCUCCUGGGCUGCCUCCUCAGGGCCAAGGGCACCAUGGCUGAGUGCUAGCAGCACCUGACCCAGCCCAUCUGGGGCCUCCACCACUUGGAGUACCGAGCUCAGGAUGCAGAUGUCAGGGGCCUGACCACCCUGACCCCAGUGUCCAAGAGCAGCAAGGUCGUCGUGGUGGAGAGUGUCAUGGGACAGCUCAGCUCACAUCACCAGUUCACCUCUGGUCUGUGGGGCAAGAGGCUGCAAUAUUCCAUCCUGGGUGUCUGGGCUGCUAACCUGGCCUGCUCAGGCUUCCCACCCUGUGCCCUGGGCUGGGCACACCCCCGGGAAGGGACCCCGGACACGGCUCCCACAUCCAGGCUCAAGGCGGAUGCACUUCCUGCACCUCCAGUCUUCUGUGUAGCGGCUUUAACCCACGUAUGUCUGUCACGUCCAGUCCCGAGACAGCUGAGUGACCCCAAGAAAGGCUUCCCUGACACCCGGACAGAGGCUGGAGGGCUGGGGCUGGGUGAGGGUGGUGGGCCUGCGGGGACAUUGUUACUGUGCUAA